CAAUGGCCGUCUCCGACGACUCCGGAGCUCACACCACGGCGGAUCAGGGCGGGUUGGGCCGUGGCGACAAGCUCCUCUAUCCGACCCGUACCGCGGCGGGCGCAACCGAGCAGGGCGCGGCCUACUGCAAGCCCGGCAUGCACGCCGGCACUCCUCAGGUUGUCCCAAAUGACAUGAACGAAGGAGCACUCGCUGAACACGUGCUCCGCGGCCUUCCAAUCCUGGGACUCGCUGUCGCUUCCUCCGCCGUCACUGCGCUCGCCACCGGCGCGCCCACCCCGGCAAUGGGCUUCGGGCUGUUCCUGAUGCUGCUUGUCGGCCUCUCCGCCGUCAGUAUCCGUGUGCUUCGUGCUUAGGUGCUGCUGUGGUACGUAUGCCAUGGGAUCGCAAUAAUAAUUUGGGAUGUGUAUCCGUGUGCUUCGUGCCUAGGUGUUGUACGCAUGCGAUUGGAUUGCAGUAAUAAUUUGUGACCUGUCCUGAGAUUCUAUGCUGUGUCUUUCGUCUGCUUCGCAUUUGUACCUUACAUUCAAAAGUUGUGUUUUAUCUGUUGCCGGAUGAGAUUGAAUUUCCAUGAGUUAUACAAAUAAAUUCACAAGUCAACCUAUCCGAUUCAAAAGUUGGUUAUUCAUGUACCUUGUCUUUCUGUAUUCUUUUCUAGUCUUUUUUUUUAAGAUAAUUCAUAUACAUGCUCCAGAA